AUGAAAGCAGGACAAACAUCUCAUUGUCAGCUGGCUGAGAAACCGGGUCGUACCAUGAUCACUUUUCUCCUCAUUCUCAACCUGGCCAUGUGGAUAUUGAAGACUUUCGAGUUUAAACAUGCCGCCACCCAUCCUCUCUACAUGACGCACUACAAUGAACUCCUCUGGAAGUUCAUCAUAAAUGUCGCUCUUCCACUUAUUGUCUUCUUCCAUUUUCAUUCCACUGUCUGUCUCGCUGAUGUAUGGAGUUGCACCUACCGAUUCUACGGCACUGCAUCUCUUAGGUGA